AUGGAGGCGAGAACAACGAUUAAAGACACCAAAGAAGCAGAAAAUGAUACGGAGAAGAAGACGAGUGCCGAAUCUUCAAUCUUUUCAACUAUUCUCGCUGAUAUUGAACGGAAUCCAACGAUAUUGCAGAACCAGAGGAAUCUUAGCGCUGAAGUUUCAAUCUUUACAACGAUUCUCGCCGAUAUUGAUGAUGAGAAUCCAACGAUAUUGCAGAACCAGAGGAAUCUGAUCCCUCAAGUUUCAGUCUUUACAACAUUUCUCGGCGAUAGUGAUGAAGAGAAUCCAACGACACUGCAGAAGAAGAAGAAGAAAGAAUUGAAGAAGACCAAAAGAAGAGGAUCAACCCCAAUUGACUUCUCUUGUACGAUACCGAAAACCCUAAGACGUUCGUAUUUGGUCGACAGUCUCAAUCAAGAACUUAAGAUUCUGAAAUCUGAAUUGAAGAGCAAAGGUCAAACGAGCGGUCUCUCUCGUAACCCUAAUUACGGUAGAGAAUGUGGCGGUUGCGUAGAAGAGGGGAAAGUAGAAGAACAACGUGAAAAGGUUAAGUUUCUUGCUGAAGGAGAUGGUGCGAUUGAUGAGGCUAUUGAGGAGAUGUUAGGGAUGAUUGAGAAAGAUGGAAGUUACUUGGAGCAGAUCAAAUACAAUUACGAGAAUGGAGAUUUUCAUGAUGAUCGGUUUAGAGAGGAACUAAGGAAGAAAGCUGACAAGGAUGAGAAGGAGAUCUCCUCAUGGAUCUCUAAUGGAGAGCCUGAAGCCGAAACCAGAGUUUCACAAGAAGAGAAGCAGGAUAUCAAGAAGAAGAGUCCAGUGAAGGUGAAUAUGGAGAAGACUGAUGAACAAGAAUCAACUGUGACUAAACGAGAUUACUCCUGGUGUAAGAGACGGUGGUAUCUGAUUGAGAAGCUGAGACAACGAGAGGAGAAUCUGAAGAAGAGGAGAGCGAAAGCUGUUAGAUUUGGAGUGGAGUUCUCGUUUCUUGUGGCGGAAGUCAUGUUUUUGAUACCUACUGAGUUUCUUGCUAGCGAAAUCGAAGAUUUUUGGAUCUCUCUGAAGCGUUUUGGUGUCAAUGGAGAUGAUGGUAAAGGGACAAGUGUGAUCAUAGGAAAGCUAGAGGAAGUGUUUGAGGUAGUGAUUAAGAAGAAGGAGAACAAAGAGCGUCACAAUGUGAACGUUCUUGAAUCUGUUUUCCGGUUUGAUGGUUACAAACCUCUUUGCGUGGAUGCAAUUCAGUUCUUGGGGAAGAUUGUUUGGGGUCUGAGAAGAAGUAAGCAGAGUGAAAGAGUCGAGCUUUGUGAUUUGGAUUCUCUGUUUGAAGAUUGCCAGAGAGUGUUGAUGAAGUUAGAGCUGAAGCUAGCAGAGAUGAAGCAGAGGAUGUACAGAUCGGUUUCUGCUGAUUAUGAAUCGGUUUCGAAGACAGAGAGGUUUGGUUUGCUCAGUAGAAAGGUUAUGAGAAGGGCCAAUGCGGAUAAUAGGUUUGGGAGGUCUGUGAUUGGAUGUUACUUGACUGAGAUAUGGAAGUCUCUGUUUCAGGCAGAGGCGUUGCAGGAACAGAGAAAAGAAGAAUGA